CACAUCCACAGAACCAAAAAAGCAACUUAAUAGCCGACACAAUGGACAACAAAGACGGCGCCUCGGGUCCAUUGCGGCCACAAGAUGUGGCAAUACUUGUCGCAAGCGCAGAAUAAAAAGGCGCACAACGUCGACGUUAUUCUGUCAAUAAAAAAAAUAUUCGCCAACGACCCUCACAUACCAUGUCAACUACCCCAAUACCAACGAGAGGGCCUGGUGAUGUGUCGCAGGUGUACGGCGACGACUGGUCGGACAAAGAAGUCUUUCUACAGGCCACUGGGUUACACAAAGACUCUGACCGCUGUCAUCCCAGACACGUCCUCAUCUACUGGGUCAACGCCGCUCUCACCGGCGGCUUCGAAGUCUGGGACAUCACCCAGCUCGAAAUGCACGGCCGCUGGCACCAGUACCAUUACCCCAACGCCCUCAAAAUCAACUCAAAGGAACGCACGCGCAACCAGACUAUAUCCUUGGGAAUAUUCACAUCGGAACAGCGCGAGCAACUGCUCGAGCUCGCAGCGGAUGUAGAGUAUGAUCAAGUCACCACCGAAAGUCGCGUCUGGAUGCGUCACCUCCUCGCGAAGAUGGUGGAAGAAAACCUCAUCUCUCAUCGUUUAUUUAAUACCGUCCGGGAGGACGUACCUCUUCCUUCUGCGUGACAUGAAGGAUGAUUUAUUGUUUGAUAUGAGCAUGCUGGACUCCACUGCCCACGACGUUCUCG